AGUACAUGGAGUAUGAGUGUGUAUGGUUUAGUACUGAAAAACAUAAAACUCAAGAUAAAUGAGUUAGUUGGUGAAUGAAAGACCCUGAUCAUAGAGACUUGUUCAUUCUGUAGAGAACUGUCUGCGAAGUCAUCCUACAUCAAGAGAUCUGCCUUUGAAUAAACAUUUUAGUUGUCUGAGCAAUUUACAUAUCUUUCUAAAACCAACUUUAACCAGUGCACAGUCUGCUUACUGUAUCCCAAAGUUAGCAAAGGUGGUACAGUCUUCCCAAUACUCACUUUUACGAAUGUCAUGAUUAAUUUCUCCUCUCCUCAGAUAGUUGCAGUUGCUUGGAACAGGUAAUAUGAAUUACAGCCCAGAAGUGACAGUUGGCCUGCUGCUAUUAGAGGCUAGGUCACUCACACAAAUAGAGCUUCUGGUUAUGUCAAGUGAUUCCCACUCAAACUGUCUGCUAUCAGGCACUAUCAAUAUUGUAAUUUCAGUGAUCUUACCAUACAAUCAGUGCAACAGCCCAGUUCAAAACCAGUUCAAUAUGAUAAAUAUCCUCUUUGACUAUGGUACACAGCUCAAGCACAAGUUUAAAUACAAGCAUCCUCGUAACAGCAGUCAGUGACCAACAAGACUCAUUAACCAUGUGUCAUUUCAUGUUUACUUCCUAGACUUCUGACAUCACUUCAGUGGUUAAGUGACGGUGUCAUAUUAUUUCACAGAGGAAAAAUGAAAACAUCGUGUUCUAAGUGAGCCAAACUUGGAACUAAAUUCUCAGUUUCUACAAAUCUGUGACCUUAAGCACUUAAUAUGACAUAUGUUACAUAUGUUCCUGUUGUGCUGAUGCUAAGCUUUUUCCAACAUAAGACACUGUUUUCCACUGGUUUGACAAGAAGACAACCAGAUGUAGUGGAUGAACUUCGGCUACAUAAUGAUCUGCAGGUUACCAAGAAAGAGUCACAAGUUAUUCUGUACUGGAACAACAACCUGACAAAAGAAGAGACAGAGAAGUACAGUGUGAAGUAUAUUCUGAGUUACACAUUCUUUGAUACGUUUCAGGAAAGGAAAGAAAGACUACAGGAAAAGAAAAAAAGGAUACGUCUUGAGCUACAUCCUGGUUUUAAAGCUAAAGUUAAAACACAGGUUUUUAUGAAAGAAACAGAAGACCUAAUUAAGGAGGGCAGCUGGACAGAAUGUACAUACAGGUCUCCUCCAGUAUAUAUUCAGAAUCUUUCAUGCAUCAUAUAUAAUAUUUCUUUUUUCAAUUGCACCUGGCAUAUUAAAGCAGAAGAUCCUGCAGAUGUCCAGUAUUUUUUUUCAUACAGACACACAGAAAAAUAUUUUGAGUGCCAGCAAUAUAUAAGAAAUGCAAGAAAUAAAAAUAUUGGAUGCCACAUGAAAGAUAUAUCUUUCCAACCACUAAGGAAAAUAAUUUUAAACAUAUCUGUAGUAGAUCUGAGAAAUAAUUCCAGAAGACUGUCUUAUUAUAAAGGUUUUACACCUCAAAAAAUAGAGAAACUGAACCCACCGAUCAACGUCUCUGUUUCCCUUGAAAACAGAAGUAUUAAAAUUCACUGGAAACCCCCGCCUACCAUUGGUUCAGGAGAAAAAAAGUGCUUUAAGUAUCAAGUGAAAAUAACAGACAGUAAGAUUGUAGAUGUCACUGAAGAGAAAUACGAGUAUCUACUUCUUAGACCAGCAAAAAAGUGUACUGCACAAGUGAGGGCCAAGAAAGAGGUAUGCAUAGCAAACAAGAUUUGGAGUGAUUGGAGUGAACCGGUGAUUAUUUAUGAUGAAGAAACUGUGGACAGCAAACUACUAAGCCUCACAUUGUUCAGCCUUCUGAUUUUCCUUGGAAGUUUGUUGAUAUGUGCGUGUAGAAGGUAUAGAUUCCUGGAAGUUAUAACCAUGCCCUUUCCAGGUCCUACAGAUAAAGUUACAACUUGGUUAGCUACAGAUGAGACUCAUCACCAGAAACAAAAUUCAGUGCAAAUGGAGAUGCAGUCAGAGGUCAUACUGAAAAUAUCAGAAGAUAAUGGAGAUGAGGACAUUCAACAACAUACAUAUUUGAAAGAAUCUGAAGACCUGUAGGAGAGUUAUGCUUUUUUUUAAAUUUUUUUUAUCUUCAUGUAAGAGCUAACUUUCUGUUAACUGGAUUCUCACUGAUCCAAGAAAGGCUGAUACUGGAGUUUGUCUGAUCCAAAUGGUUUGAAAUGUUUUGAGUUGUGACAUUGUGCAACUCUUAAAAUGCACUUUGGAUCAAAGAGGUAAAGUGUACUGCAGUCUUUCUCUAAGUACUCCUAAUCUUCAGCCCAGUAAAAGUACAGCAGGUCAGACAAUAUGACUGAAUAACUGAAUCCACUUGGGUCAAGAAGGAGCUAGAGUUAGUACUGCAUUAGCUUCCAAAUAACAUCCAAUAGAUCAAUAACUUUAAGACUGGCUCUUUAUACAAAUACCACAGCACCUAUUCAAUAUCUGAUUAAAGAAAUAAGAAGCAAUGGAAGAAACAAUCAUUUCAGGAAGUUGCAGCAGAAGCUCACUAUGGUUCUCUAGAGCUUCAAAAAAAUAUCAUACAUUGUGUAUGUAGAUACUAACAAGAACAAGUUACACGUGAAAACGAAGUCUUAAUAUGAUAGACCUAUCCUUUUGCAUUUAGCUAAGGGAGAAAAUGUUAA